UCCGUAAAUAAAAUUAUUGAUUUUAUUUACAAAGACAUAAGGAACGAAAAGGGUUACCUAUUGACCAAUCGGUUAACAGUCAACCGCUCUACAACUGAGCUACUGAGGAACCCGUCGUUCGCCCAUAUAAAUUCCCCUCCUAUUAAAAUUAUCACUAACCAACAGCAUUCCCCACUUGUCCGACCCAUACAGGGUAUUCCGAAACUCUUUUGAUAAUACAACAAAUGUUUCAACAUCGAGCGGUAAAAGAAGAAUAUAUGACUCGAGCACGCCAUCAUUCAAGAACGGAGAUACUUAUAAAUGGAAGGGAAUGAACAAGUGAAUGAGAGAGUAGAAGGAGCAUAAGGUGAAGAAAAGGAAAGAAAGCUGACACAGAAGGCUUGGACGAGAAGCCCUUCAAUAUCUUACCUGUUGCUUAAAUUGUAAUGAAAGUAAAAUGCAACAGAGGCUUUCACGUCAACCUUUUAAAAGCCAAAAUUUCAAACCUCCAUUCAUCUUUGGUUCAAAACACAACACACACUACCCAUCUCACCCAACCAUGAGAGAACCAUGGCAACAACAAUGAAAACGAAUCACAGCAAUCUUACAAAUACACUCUCUCCUUUGGUAGAUCAGAAGCUAGCUUGAGCUCCCAACCACAUGGCUAAGAGAUCAGAUUUUGCUCAGAAGCUCUUAGAUGAUCUCAGGUUAAGGAAGCAGCGAAUGGCCGCUGCGUCGCACUCCUUCGACCGUUCCAAAACCACAACCAUCGAUGCAUAUGCUUACUCGAAACAAAUUCAUAGAGGAUCGAAGAAUGCUAGAACACACGGAAUGAGUGUUCCCAGUAAUACAAGGUAUGGUGGAGGGAAUAAAUCACCAAUGACCAAUGAUACUUCAAAUCAGAUUGUUCCUUUCACUAGAGGCCGAAACACAGAACAAAUAGGAGACUUAUCCAUGGCCUUAGCUUUUGCACUUGAAAAUGGAGGAAAACUAAGAGGAAAUACAUCAUCUGGAAACAAUUUAACACUGGGCUUCCUGCAACAAAUUGGUAGGAGUUCGUUCGAAAUCGGGAAAUCAAACAAAAGAGGCGGCCUGGACAGGAACCAAAAUGCCAGUGGAUAUUUUCCAACCAUCUCACAUCUUCAUAUUAAGGAGAUAUCAAAAGGGGCACAGAAAUUGAACCAGAUCUUGACAACUUGCUCUAAUGGAGAUUUUGGGAGAUGUUCCAUAGAAAUUGGACAGGAACUGUUGAAGGGAGCUAUGAAUUUGGAGGAGUCUUUGAGGAUGCUUGUGAACUUGCAUGAGGCCUCAGAGCACAUGAUCAGCCCACAACAUAAGAAUAGGAUUGUGCUUUUAGAGAGUGAAGAUGAUACUGAAGAAAAUAAAGAUGAUAUCAAAGGGAAUGGUCACGAACAGAAGCUAGCGACCCUGAGAUACACAGAAGAGCAACCUCUAAAUACUGUGAAAUUUAGUUUCCAUAGAAGAACAGCAAGCUGUGGUCAUGAUAUCAAAACUUCAAACACACGUGAGAAGGUGGGGAUUUCAAAUGUAAUUGCAAAACUAAUGGGGCUAGAUAAUCUUUCAGACAAUUCAAACUAUGCACACCAGGACUCAGGUUCCAAGCGAAAGGUCACAGAUCUGCAGCCAACAGCCAGGGGUAUCGGCCUGGCCGAGUCAAGGACUAAUAUUAAAGAAAGUCGGUCCGGUUCCAAGAUUCCAAGAACAGCCAUGUCAGAUAAAAAUUCAGCUGUGGUGAACACCAUAUUUGAUGCAAGUCUUCAAGCCAUCACUUUUCGUGGAAAACCAUCAUGGAAAGACAUGGAAGGAAUAAGGCCACAAACUAGCCCAUCAACACCAACCAUCACAAUAUUUAGGCAACAACGAAACAAGAAUGAGACGAGACAGGGAGUCUCGAGUCAGAAGGACGAUCUGGAAGGACUUACAAAGCAGCUUCACGUAAAGCACAGGGAGAAAAAAGGCACAGAUAGGGAUGACUAUAGAGAAGUAUUAAAGAAUGGAGUGCAGCCGAGGAACAACCGGGACGGUCGUAUGAAGCCCCAUCACCAAAAGAACAGGGAGCUAAGCACCACAGAAAGGGACCAAAAGAGAGGAGAGCUGAAAAAGGACAGGAUGCAGCAGAUGAAAAAACAAGAAAGAACACUUCCAUUGGAAAAGAGACAUCCAGACAACCUUAAACCAAGAAUGCAGCAACAGCCGCCAAACAGUCCCAAAUACCAGCAGCCACCAAUGCUCACAGAGAAGAGAAAUCAAAAGAAUGGAAAAUCAAUGGUGCAGGAGAGAAACCAAAAGAGAAAUGGGAACACGUUCAAGAGUUUAACAAAACCAGUCCAUGACACUUUCACUUUUCCAAAGAAGCAGCAGGAUAUGAACCAUGUCAGGCAAAGUAAGAAAAGCUGCAAAGAAACCAUCAUAGCUCACCACUCUUACGCCCUUCCUAACAAUAGACGUCCUGAACAUCCUUGCAGAGAAAACAACAGCUAUGAUUUAAAUAACAAAACAAGUGAGAUAACCCACAUUAGCGUAGAACAAAGUGAGCCAGUUAUGGAAGAGCAACAUGCUAAGAUACCUGUGAAGAAUGAUUUCAAAUCUACAAAGAUUCCUACAAAUAAUGAAGCAGAUGCAAGAGAACAGCGAAUUCCAAUACUACAGGAGGUAGAACAAAACAAUGAUGCAUUAAAUCGACUGGACGUCGUCGGACCACAUGGAUCUAAAGAAGUGGAAGCUCAUACCAUUGAAUCCAGAGAAACAAUAGUAUGCCUCCAGCCACUUAAUAGUGCACAAGAUGCACAUGAAGAGACUGAGCGGGUUUUGGCACCGCCCAGCCCUGCUGAAGAUGAAUGCCAUAGCUUGAAAGAGCCACAAAUAUCAGCUCCAAAUGACAGUUGCCAGAAAACAAUCUCAAUUAGUACUAGCAAUCAGCAAGAUCAGAGGUCAGUUUUUGGCAGUGGUGUAAUCAACGGCUCCCAUAUUGUGAUAAAUGCAGUAGAAGAAGCAGAGAAAUACGACAUUAACAAACUAUAUCCCCCACAUUUGAAGCACCUACAUAGUUGUUCCAAGUCAAGAAAACAAGAGACAUUGACAGAAAGUGAAAACAAACUUAAGCAGACGCUUAUAACGAGUGAAUGGUUCCUGAAUGCAGCAGAGGCACUUUUCAAACUCAACAUCCCCAGCUUCAUUCUUCAUGACAGUGGUCAUAGCCAUUUAAAAAAUGGAAAAAAUGUCAUGAUAGAUUGUAGUUACGAGCUCAUGAAGCGAAAGGGCAUACGUCAAGAGCUCAGCAAUCGUCCUAGUACAAACAUUUCUUUGAGGUCCAACAAAAUAGGAUCUUUAGAUGACUUGAUCAAGCAGGUGCAUAGAGACAUUGAGGCGUUGAGAUUCUAUGGUAAGAAUGGUAACUUAAAAUGUGAAUUGCAAGACUACUUGCCCAAAAUGCUUGAAAGUGAUAUCUAUAACCAGGAACCUGACUUAAAUAGCAUGUGGGACUUGGGAUGGAAUGAGCCCACAUUCGUGUUUCUUGAAAGAGAGGAGGUUGUAAGGGGUGUGGAAAAGUAUGUUCUGAGUGGACUGCUCGAUGAAGUCACAAGAGACCUUGUACAUGUCUAUCUUUUGAUGAAAGGAAAGGGCAGAGAAAUUUGAGAAGAAAAAUGGUUCAAAGUUUGAUGCAAUUUGUUGAUUUUGAAACUUCCAAGUCUAAUGAUGAACAUAUUUAACUCAACUUGUUGGUUUUGGAAUUGUAAUAGAUAAGUUAUAGCAGUGUUCUUGAAAUUCUGCAAGUCAAGAAUGUUCAUAUUU